UUAUUACGUUUGGGUAUUCUAAACAUCAUGUAAAAUCCAUUGUAAACCGCCAUUUUAAUAUUGUAUAUGAUCCCGGUUACUCGACGCCCGUGUCAAAUUUUUUCAAUUGCUCUCAAAUUUGUUCAAUUAUUUUAAAUAAUAUUUGUUUUUUUUUUUUUCGUAAAUAAUAAUAUACACAUUGAGAAGCAUUGACUGUCUUUUUGUAAAGAUACAGUUUCAAUAAAGCAAAACAAUAUUGAAGAUUGAACACGCUAUCCAGCUUCUCGGACACAAUUAACCAAAGCGUAUUAAAAAAUAAAAAAAAAAAAAAGAAAUCAAGGAUUGAAAGUCUAACCUCACUUUAACAAGCCGGAAAAAAAAAAAUAUAUAUACAUAUAUUAAUUGUAUAUGUAUAUAUAGAUAAAAAAGAGUAGUCUUUUUUGGAGAAUAUGAAUUUUUUUUCACAGUCUGGUGUAAAGAUGGCCGAUUUACAAGGUACACCGGUGUCACAAGAUGCCUUGACAAUAACACAAUUGGAAUUAGGAAAUAAUCCAAAUGCCCUUGCAUUGCGUAGACCAUUUGACCCAGUGUCUCAUGACCUGGACGUAACCUUUCGUCUUACUAGAUUUGCUGAUUUAAAAGGAUGAGGGUGUAAAGUUCCUCAGGAGAUUCUUAGUAAACUCCUUGAGGGACUACAAGCUGACGAUGGUAGCGCCCAGGAUCAUGAACACAGUCAUUUUAUGCAUAUGGGUAUUGGCAAUACGCCAAGAAUUGGCAUUGGCAUGGAUUCAUCAGUGACACCAUUGAGACAUGGUGGAUUAAGCCUUGUACAAACAACAGAUUUUUUUUAUCCACUUGUUGAUGAUCCUUACAUGAUGGGUAAAAUUGCAUGUGCAAAUGUAUUGAGUGAUUUGUACGCAAUGGGUGUAACAGAGUGUGAUAAUAUGCUGAUGUUACUUGGUGUUAGUACAAAAAUGACUGAAAAAGAACGUGAUGUUGUUGUACCAUUGAUUAUGAGAGGUUUUAAAGAUUCAGCACUUGAAGCUGGUACAACUGUAACUGGUGGUCAAACUGUUGUUAAUCCAUGGUGUACAAUUGGAGGUGUUGCAUCAACUGUAUGUCAACCAAAUGAAUACAUUGUUCCAGACAAUGCAGUUGUUGGAGAUGUAUUGGUAUUGACAAAACCACUUGGUACACAAGUUGCUGUUAAUGCACAUCAAUGGCUUGAUCAGCCAGAUCGUUGGAACAGAAUAAAGCUUGUUGUCAGUGAAGAUGAUGUACGAAAAGCAUAUCAACGUGCCAUGGACAGUAUGUCGAGACUCAACAGAAUUGCUGCUCGUUUAAUGCACAAAUACAAUGCUCAUGGUGCAACAGAUGUAACUGGUUUUGGUUUAUUAGGACAUGCACAAAAUUUAGCAAAACAUCAAAAAAAUGAAGUUUCAUUUGUUAUUCAUAAUUUACCAGUUAUAUCAAAAAUGGCAGCUGUUGCUAAAGCAUGUGGUAAUAUGUUUCAAUUAUUACAAGGACAUUCUGCUGAAACAAGUGGUGGUUUAUUAAUAUGUUUACCACGUGAACAAGCAGCAGCAUAUUGUAAAGAUAUUGAAAAACAAGAAGGUUAUCAAGCAUGGAUUAUUGGAAUUGUUGAAAAAGGCACAAGAACAGCAAGAAUUAUUGAUAAACCUAGAGUUAUUGAAGUACCAGCUAAAGAAAAAGAUGGUGAACUUUGGUAACCCCUUCACAGGAUUUAUCAAAAUAAUUAAAAUUUAAGAAAAAAAAUUAAAAUAAUUAUUAUUUUUCAACUUGACAUUACAAAAGACAAAUUUCGUUUCUUUCUUUUUUUUUUAUAUUGAAAAUUAAUACUUACACAUUCACGAGUGAUUCACAAAAUUAAUUAUAAUUUUGCAAUUUAAAAAAUGCAUCGUGUUACCAACACUUUUUUUUUUUUUUUUUUAAUGCAAAUUAUAAACAAUUAUUUUUUUCAUGUUAAUUAGAAUGAAAAGAAAAAUUUUUGUGAAUUUAACAUUUUUUUUAAUAACUAUCUUUUUGUGCUACGUUUUAUUCUUUGAUAAUUAAAAUAUUUUUCAUGAUUAGUUAUUAAAAACAAUAAAAAAAAAAAAUGUUGAUCAUUCGUAUUAUCCUCUUCAAGGCCAAUUAAAAACACAGAUUAUACCAUAAAAAAAAAUGUA